AUGGCUCGACCGAAACUCACAUUCUACCUGGAUCUCCAGAGUCCGUACGCUUAUCUUGCAUACUACUUCACAAGACAUUCUCAAACAUUCUCGGACUGUGAUAUAACCUAUGUACCCGUCCUCAUGAUCGGUUUGGUGAAAGCUGGCGUAUCGAAUCCACCCUGGAACAUACCGAACAGAGUAGACUAUCUGUGGAAGGACAUUGCACGCUGCGCUGCAGAGGCCAGCGUACCCUGGCGAGCUGGUCUUCCUGCGGACUACCCUCUUGCGCGGACAUCAGAGGUCCAGCGUGUAAUCGCCGCGUGUAGCGAGCUAUAUCCUGACCAUCAGCCUGCCUUGCUCGAUGCGCUGUAUCAUGCUUUCUGGAUCGAGAAGCAGGGUGUCCAGUCGCUGAAGACAUUCCAGCCCAUCAUCGAAGGUGUCCUUGGUGAAAGCCGAGCAGCAGAAGUAGUUCAGCGGAGGCGUGUCUCGCACUCCCAGAGCCUUGAGCAGGAUAUCCAGAGGAUUGUGAGAGCGAACACAGAAGAGGCGACAGCGAGCGGAGCGGUCGGUUUGCCUUGGUUCGUCGCAACGGACGUCUCAGGCAAGAAAGAGGAGUUCUGGGGGUUUGAUCGGCUGCAGACUCACGUUGUCCGCUUCCUUGAGCUGGAGGAUGCGUCGGCGCGUCUGUGA